ACUCCGCCCAGGCAAACUUCUGCGAAAGAGGAAGGAGGAGCGCUGUAGGCACGCUCGGUGCUGCGGGCCACUUCGCGAAGGAAAGGAAAGUAUUCAGGUGAUCCUUCGCUUUGGCACCGGACGCACAAACGUGGGAAUCCCCGCUCUGGCAGGCGUGAAGACCCAGGAUAUUAUCUUUAUGAAUUGCCGAACCACCACCUGAACUGCAAAGAUGUCACUGGUUGACAUUCAGAUGAAUUCAGAUGACUUUUUGCAGAAAGAGCAGCUGGAUGCUGGUGGAUUUGGAAUGGUUUCCUUAUGUUACCACAAGAGACACGGCCUUGUGGUGUUGAAAACUGUGUACACGGGGCCUCAGCGCACAGAAUGUAACACUUCCCUUCUAGAAGAAGGCAAGAUUAUGCACAAAUUAAAUCAUGACCGGGUGGUGAAGCUACUGGGUGUCAUUCUGGAAGAUGGCAACUACUCCCUUGUGAUGGAAUACGUGUGCAAGGGGAACCUGAUGUCUGUACUAAAGGCAACCUAUAUUCCUUUGUCUGUGAAAGGACAGUUCAUCUUGGAGAUAAUUGAAGGAAUGCUUUACUUAACUGAACAGGGCUUAGUACACAAGGACCUAAAACCAGAAAACAUCCUUGUAGAUGAGGACUUCCACAUCAAGAUAGCAGACCUUGGCGUAGCCUGCUUCAAAAACUGGAGCAGGCUGACUAAAGAGGAGACCAGCCGGCAGAGAAAAAUCAAGUGUGCCUCCAAGAGCAAUGCAGGCACACUUUACUACAUGGCCCCAGAGCACUUGGAAUCUAUCAAUAUCACGCCUGUGGAAAAAUCAGAUGUUUACAGCUUUGGUAUCGUGUUGUGGGCCAUUUUUGCCAACAAAGAGCCUUAUGAAAAUGCGGUAAAUGACAUGCAAGUGUGUUUCUGUAUCAUCAAGGGGAACAGGCCACUUGUGGAAGAAAUUAAGGAAAGUUGCCCAGAUGAGAUUAUUGCUUUAAUGAAAAUGUGCUGGCAGCAAGACCCAAAGCUUCGGCCAACUUUUGCAGAAAUCAGUUUGAUAUACAAGCCAUUUUACCAACAGAACCUCGAGAAGUAUGUUGAAGAUGAUGUGAAAAAGAUAAAAAGAGUGUAUCCUGAACCAAAUGAACUUGUAAAAAGGAUGCAGUCUCUCCAAGUAGAUGCUGUAGCAGAACCACCAAGUAGCACUCGAAUAGACCAGCCUGGUUCCCUACACAGCUCUCAUGGUCUUGUGACCAACAAUGUGGAUGAAGCCAUGUUUGCAGCUUGUCCAGAAAAUGAACCUGUUGAGAGCUGUGAAACUUCCUUUGAGCCUGUUGAGACGCUAGAGAGAAAACUGCAGGAUGAGCUGAACUACCACGUCUAUGGAAGCCGCUUGGAUAAACCAGAAUCCCAUUCUGUGCCAUACAGUGCUGAAAUGAGAGAGGAAGAGAGAAGAAGGAAGGUCUCUUAUGAUCCAUUUGCAAAGACUUCUGCUGCUCCACGGGUGCAAGAGUCGUACCUGAGAGCUGCGAACUCGGGAUUAAAUGCCAUUCAUUACAAAAGCAGCAACAUGGCCCAUCGCAAUCCUCUACAGCAGCCAUCACUAGCUGGGGCAACUCCAGAAAGGGAGCAUUUACUAUUGGAUCAAUAUGCUUUCUGUGGGACAGGAUCUGCAAAUCUGAGUACAUCACUGAGUGCAAAUGAUCUCUAUGAAUCAAGUUCAGCUAAUACCUCUAACUUCAGUAAGCCACCUGUGCCUGAAUCUGGUGCAGAUAAUCAAUUCAAGCCACCUAAACCUUGUUUCUCCAAAAGCCUAAGCACAGAAAAUGAUCCAGUGGAGUCUGUCCCUUUUAGGAAGACAAACUUUGCACAACCUUCUUCUGCACUCAAAAAAAGUACAGAAGAAUCAGCACAAUACAACAUAUUUAACAGUAGUGGAAUUCAAAUAGGGUCCUACAAUCAUAUGGAAAUUAAAGAUCAGUCUCUCCAGAUAAGCAGUACACCAGCACAUACGCAAUACAAUUGUGCAGAGUACAGGAAGCUAUUUGUCAGCACUACUCUCAUUUCUGAUCUGCACCUCAACCUUGUGAGAGACAACUUGGCUAAACACUGGAAACAUUGUGCUCGCAAACUGGGCUUCACUGACCCAGAGUUGGAUGAAAUUGACCAUGACUAUGAACGGGAUGGACUAAAAGAAAAAGUGUACCAAAUGUUUCAGAGGUGGCUGAUGAAGGAAGGCAGUAAAGGAGCUACCGUGGGAAAGCUGUCCUCAGCCCUUUAUGCUUGCAAGAGGAUAGACCUCCUGAACGCUCUUGUAAAAAUAAAUCAAGAGUCUGAAAUUAGUAACAAAUGAAAACUGAAAAAGCAGUAGAAUCCAACUCAUUUGGAGAGAGUGUUCUACAGGAGGCCACAUGGAUAUUUUGCUCUGCAACGUGAUAGCCAUUUUAAAUGCCUUGAUGCUGUCAGAAGAGAAGACUGUUCUGCAUGCAGAAUAAUGAAGGUUCAGAGAUGGAUUUUUGCUACUUACAUUUUAAUAACUGCCAUGCUCUCCAAGGCUAAAAAGAUCAAGACCAAGGCUAAAAAGAUCCUUGGGCUGAAAUUUAUUUUUAGAAUCAUCAUCAGAUUAUUAAUCCAUUUGUAUAAUUUUAAUUAAAAAAAAUAGAAAUGCACACAA